UUUACAACAAUGAACGAAUUUAAGAAGCAGUUCAUGCAAGAAAAGGAUGAGUGGGAUAAACAUGUAGAGGAGUGGUCACAAGCGUCCACUGCUGUUUAUACUCAUGAUGAAGGCAAAUCUGAGGUAAAAUAAGAAGCAGGCAAAGACUAGAAAAGUGGAACAGCCUAAAAAGAAAUCUCAGAAAGGCCCAUUGCAGCAUGAUAAGAAGUAUAAACUUACUGAAUCAAGAAUAAUCGGAGGUUCAUUUGGACCUGCGCCUGCUAAAAGAUUAUCUGGCGUCAAGGAAGAUAAUCGAGAGAUCCUCUAUCCAAAUAUUAACACCACGCAUGGAUGGAAUAAGGAAUUCCCAAAGAAACCUAUAAAGAAGACUGCAAAGAUCCCUGAAAAGGAUAAAGGAAAGAAGUUGAAAACCUAUGUAGAUACUACUAAUGUUGAUAAGGCUGUGAGACCAAAUUCGAAUGCUGUUUCCUUUGGCAAACCUCCUGGAGAAUUUGAAUCUGAACUCGAGAAAGUCAAGGAUCUCUUCAGAAAGCUUAAGCAAGACAAGCACAAACUCAGUGGUGUCUCAAGUUAUAAGGUUAGCCAUACUCAAGUUGAGCCUAGCAUUCAUGGUGUUAUAAUGAAAAAGCCUGCUGAAAGAUCAGAAGCUUUAAUAAUGAAAGACCUAGAGAAAAAUAGAAUCCCUGGUCCUGGAAAAUACUAUGCUGAUGAUAGAGUUCUCAAAGAGAAACAACCAGAGUUUACAUUCAAGAAGGAGGCUAAACGGAAUAAAACACCUCCGAUUGAUCGAAGGAAACAACUUAUCGUGAAUCUUGAUGCUGUUCGGAGAAAACCCAAAGUUGCAAAAAUCAUGCCAGAACAUGCUCCCAAGAAAGACAAAACAAUUGAAACUGCAAAGUUAGGGCCAGGAGCUUACAAACUCCUUCAUAAGCACACAGAACCAAGGAAGGAUGCUGGCACUGUGAAAUGGGUUCCAGAAGAGGAAAAAGAUGCUAAAAUAGAUGAGAGGCCUGAACUUGAACCAGAUUUUGAUCAUGAUAAACCCAACAAAGGAGUCCCUCUGUACAAAGAGCCUACAGAUGUGAAGCCUUUGUGGACACCUGACAAGGAGAAAAAUCCAGAACGCUGGAAAUUUUAUGAUCAGAAUCUCGACGCAAUCAAAGAGGUUCAAAAUGCAAUGAAUUUCGCUGAAAAUCUCUCUCGUGAUGAUUUCAUCUCCAAGGAUGAGUACCUAAAGGAUUUGGAGAAAUAUAAGGAAAGACACACUAAAGCUCCUGAUAUUUACUCAUAUGAUUAUAAAGAAAAGGACACUAAAAUUCAAUUUGAUUUUGGAAAAUUAGAACCAAGAACAAAGUAUGAAGACAAGGAUCUCCUUGAAGAGUUCGAUAAAGAAGGAGACAUGCUUAAUCUAGAGGGAGAUAAACCUAAGAAGAGAAUCCCGGGUUUCAACUAUGAUAAAAUGAAAGGAAGAUUUGACUCAGAGGGACUCUUAGAUGAUGACCAAGGUGAUGUCCUUGAUCUAAACCCUUCUAAUAAGCUUACUAAGAAAAGACCUAUUUCAUUGGUCGAUAUUGAGAAGGAUAGGAGUAGGGAGCCUCAGAAAUAUGAUGAGGAUGAUAUCCCAGAUAACUUCCUGAAUUAUGAAAAGACUAUCCCUGAUGAUCCAGGAGAGCCGGCAGCCCAAGCGCAUAAUUUCGGAAAACCAACAGAGAGGUUUAGAAAGCAAGGUUUGAUAGAUGAUGAAACUAAAGAAGAGCUGAUUCUCGAUCCUGAAUUUCCUAAAAGGAAUGUACCAACUUCCAACUUUGGAAAAGCUGAGAGAAGGUUCAAACCACCAAGAGUGCCCAUUGAUCCAUGGGAAGAUGAGAAGCCUACAACCGAGGUAUUGAUGGAACAAAAAGAUAAGAAAGCAAUCUGGAGUGCUAUUACACACAAAACCUCUGGACACCACCGAGCCUAAACUCACACUUUCCCCAACUUCCAAAAUUUCAAC